AUGAAGGUUAGAAAUGGUUCAAACUAUUUCAACAACACCGGCGGCGAGAACCAGAAGGAUUCUGAAGCCAACAUCAAUGACGAUGAGAUCUUUUUGUCUUCCAUGGACAAAGUUGUAGCCUUCUCCAUUGUUUAUGGUGUGUUGUUCAUUGUGUCAGUUGGAGGUAAGAAACCUGAGCAAGUUAUUUCAAAAGGUCUUCGAUAGGUAAAAGACAUGAUGAAAAAAAUUUUUUUUGGUAGUCCUCUUUAUUUAGAGACUUAGGAAUGCGUAGAAUGAACGAUCCAAUCAAAAUCCUGCCAAUUUUCGGUAAUUACAAACUCGUAAUACCGACGACAGUAGAAACUGAAAGAAGGCUCCAUCAUUUUAUUUUAUACUUUUCUGUUAAGAGCAUGAUUGUAAUUAUUUCACAUAAUUUAAAUCAUGGUAACUUAAAAUGAGUACCAGUUCAUUCCCCAAUAUUAAAAGAUGACACAAUCUUUUCGUAACAUGAUUUGUGCAGAAGUUUAUAUUUACGUUGACUCAUUGAAAAGAACAAUAUACUAUUUAAACUAAAGUUGCAGGUAUAUUAACAUUUCGUGGGUAGAUAAUUAAGAACCCCCCAAAAAAUCACGAUGUUUGUAUUUCUCUAACAAGGAAGAUAAAGAAAAUAGCAUACACUAAACGAGGUUUUUUUUAUUCUCGAAGAAAGCAUCGCAAAACAAAAGUCGUCACACAAAUUUUUAGACAUAACUAAGGACAUAAAUGUAAUACCUGACUCAGUUAAAAACAAACUGAAUUGCUAAGUAUUUCAAACGCGUAUAAUAUAAUAAUCAAAAUAAUACUAAAAAAUUUUCAUUUUCAUCUAAAAUGACUGAAGAUGUAAGGCAGAUCAUUCAGCUAUAGCACACUGACAUGAUUGUUAUUGAUCCUUUUAGGUAAUGCACUUGUUUGCAUUGUCAUCAGUAAGAAAAGGGACAUGCGCACUGUUACCAAUCUUUUUCUUCUCAACAUGGCUGCAUCAGAUAUGUUUUCCACCUUGUUUGCGGUACCAUCAUUAUUGGCCACAGAAAUCUCCCCUAACCGCUGGCUUCUUGGUGAUUUCAUGUGUCCCGCCACAAACGUGAUUUCUACGAUCGCUGUAUCUGUAUCUAUUUAUAGCAUGGUCGCGUUAGCCCUAGAAAGGUUUGUACAUCAUUUUGCGGUUACUUUUCAACAUUUUCUGGUCUGGGGAGCAGUGACGAGACAAGUGCCGAGCACCAUAAAGCUAGGAGCUAGACGACUGACCAGCAAGUCCUCACUCAUAAGUUUCGCCUCUCACUUUCCUAUCACAACUGGCAAAAUUGCGAAUUCAUUCGAAAAAGGCUUUCUUUGGUUUUCAUUCCUUCACUUGUCCUGUUUAACUUCACCCUUCUCCCCUUCGCCAUAAUUAGUCUAUUAUUUAAUAAUGCCUCUCAUUCAUCAGGUUCAUUUCCUUGGUUUAAAGACAGUCUGAAAAAAAGGGGAAAAUUUUUCAGCCACCAACUCUGCCAAGGACUCUUGCAACCUAAUAGAAAGUACGCUCAGCGAGAUUUAAUAUAAAAACUGAACAGGCCCUUAGGGCUUCAAAUGUACGUGGUCACAGUAACUGAGAUCCCAGGUCGGGCAGUUUUCCAUCACAAGAUGAAUAUUGACGAAAUGACUUGGCUUGAGGUGAAACUUCAGUCAACUGGUUUCCUGACAUGAACAGUGGGUGGAAAGAUUCUAUAUCUAAUAAAACAUUUGAUAUAAAAAUAGAGCCGAACACCAGACAAAUCCCAACCGCAAGGCGUUGAAAAAAUAUGUACAAAAAUAUAAAAUGGAGUAUUUGCCCGGCCCGUGAUUUUGGAACCAAACACCACGAGCAAUAAAAGUAAGCUCAGAGGCAGAAGUAUAGGUUAGGGGCCAUAAUAUAAUUACUGGAUCAGAUUUAUAGAGAUCGGAAGACCCACACUUUGUAUUUAGGCAACUCUAUCUUAGCAUCCCAAUCAAUCGAACGACUCCAUUUCAUCCAAAGAGGAUUAAAUGCCCCGUCUUUCAUAAUAAACCAUUUAAUCAACAAUAACAACUACUUUAUUGACUUAAUCAUCGACAUGAAGAUUUCAGUACCAAAACAGUCAAUAUAAAAACAAAUAAGAAGGUUAAAUUAUAGUUCAUAUUUAUAACAAUUUAGAAUAUUCUCAAUAUAAGAGGCACUAAGAUUUAUGAUGUUUUUCUCUCACAAAGACAUGAUAUAUAAAAAUAGUACCUUCUAAGACAUAUUCGUAAAAUUACUGCUUAUCGAGUAUAGGCUCUCCAAGAAGGUGCCCCUUAUAUGAAAAAGUGGUGAGUGAUUACAUUUCAACAAAUAGUAGAAUUCAUCACCAAUUUCGGAUCUAUUACAAAGGGGGCAAAGCCUCUGAACUCUGGGUAUCUUCUUGUAGCGCCCAGAUUCAAUAGGUAGCGAGUGGUAAGAAAUCCGCAUUUUGGUUACUGCCACUCUUGUCUUAACGUUCUUUAUCAAAUCAAGAUAAGUUUCAUAUCUGGCCUCUGACGGUUUAAUCAGCGACGAAAUCCUAUAAUAUUUUCAUUGUUUUGUCCGCAGAUAUCAAGCCAUAGUUAAUCCCUUUACCGUCCGCGCCUCCCGACAUUCCUACAAAAGAGUAACGAUUGUAAUUCUGGCCAUUUGGUUGGGGUCCUGUGGUAUUGCAGCUCCACAGGCGUGGGUCGUAUCUACCACAGGCAGAGCACCUAACAAACACUGCGCUGAAGAUUGGAAAGAUCACGGAGAUGUUACGGGAAAUCGAGUUUAUACUGUCACUGCUUUUGUCGUAUUAUUCGUCAUACCAAUAUUGGUGAUCAGCAUAAGUUAUGCUAUUAUCAUGCACAAUCUGUGGCAGCCAGAACGUGUACUGACAAACCAUCAAAGCCAAUCAGUUACAGGCGAAAAAGAACAAGCCUCACCAUAUAAACUGCCCAUUCAUGGAACGAAGAAAAAGCGCAAGACAAUCUACAUGCUUCUAACGGUGAUUAUUGUGUUUUUAGUCUGUAUGCUGCCAUUUCAAAUUAUAAUUCUUGUUAUUCGGUUCAUCGAUAUUUCCCAUCCAGAGGCACUUGCUACAGCAAUCAAAAUUUCAUCCGUGUUGGCUGUUUGUUCCAUGGCUUGUAACCCUUUUAUCUACAGCUUUUUUAGCGAGAAAUUCCGUAGAGCAUUUUUGGAUGUGUUCAAAUGCCAGUGUGAGGAUGACAGCCAACUUGGAAACACCCAGUCUUCCAUUAUCCUGCUAAGUUCUACUGUUUUGCGAAAGUAG